UUUAACCCAUCAUUGAUUGGAAACCUUUCUUCUUCAGACAGAGAAGUACCAUCAUCUCCCUCCAUUGACGGCACGAAAAUCUUCCUUCCUCUCUUUCUCCCAUCGAACAAAUUGGCCUGAAUCAGCCCAUAAAUUCAAAAUGUGUCCUCGAUGUGCCCAUCGAGCUAUUUCCUCAUUUCCUAGACGUGGAAGCCACAAGUCUCGUUGAGAGUAAUGCGGAUAGAUCUCCGGCGAUAGGAAGGGAUUCGACACUGGAGAGGUUUGAUCAGAGUAUGUGAUUGCUCCUCUUCAGGUGAAGGGAUGCUUGCCAAAAGAUUUCUCUCCACAAAGCUCUGUGCUUUCAGAUAUUUUUCUUCUGUCGCUUCUCAGACACUUAAAGUCGGAGAUGUUUUAAGAGAGACAAGGGUGUUCUCAAGUGAAGAUGUUAAGGACUAUGCUGAGGUGAGCCAUGAUUGGAACCUUCUCCAUUUCAAUCCUGAAACUGCCCAUAAAGCAGGGUUCGAGAAUCGUCUUGUCCACGGAAUGCUUGUUGCUUCGAUGUUUCCCCGUAUCAUCUCUGCCCAUUUCCCUGGAGCGGUAUACGUGUCUCAAAAUCUUCAUUUUAGGUCACCGGUUUACGUAGGGGAUGAAAUUCUCGGGUCAGUGCAAGCAACGGCUCUGAGAGAAACCAAGAAGAAAUUCAUUGUAAAAUUCUCGACGAAAUGCUUCAAGAGCCACGACGAACUUCUGGUUAUUGAUGGUGAGGCCACUGCCAUUUUGCCUAAUCUUGAGAUGCUACAGACAAAUUCUUCAGAAUGAGAGAAUACGGAACCUGUGAGAAGAGAGAAGAGAAAAAGGAAAUGAAGAGUUGUGGAGGGAUUUCCUCCGGGUCAAUUCUCCUCCACUCUCUUGUGGACAACUCUCACAGGAAUUCUCUUCUUCCGCCAUGAAUGAACACCGCAACCUCAUCUACAUCAAGCCCUUUGCCAUAUCAAGAUCGCUACUCAUCACCUUACCAUGGAUGAUCCAACUCAUGGCCUCGUCGGC